GGGACAGAUGCGGAGACAGAUGCGCUGGGGACGCACGCACCGGGCACGCACAGGCCGCGGGCGCCUCGUGCAGCGACACCAGCCGGGGGGCCCCCCGCGUGCGGUCGCCGCUCCAGCGCCCUGGGCGGGGCUAACGGGCUGCGCAGCGGGCGGGGAUUGCAGCCAAGGCCGGGGCUCGUCGCGCCAGGGCAGCGACGGUGGCUUUGAAUGGUUGGGGCGACGACCUGCGAGUGGGGGUGGGGGAGGGGGCGGGACACGCAGCCGCGACCUCCCGCGGGUCCCCACGCGGCCCCGUGCACCGGCUGCACCCGGAGCUCUUGGGUCCCCUCCGGCAGCGCAGCUGGAGUGGGGGGGGGGAACACAGGCCGCGGCCAACGCCCCCGCUGCAGCGCGGCCCGGAGGGGGGCGGCCAAGGCCCCCCCAAAGCCCGACAAUGGGACAAAGGAGCGUCUCUAGCAGCCGCGCGGAGUGGGUGCCACCGUGGCCCCCCGGCCGACCAAGGCGCUGAUUGGUCCCUGGGGCGGGGGUCACGUGCCGCAUCCUGCUCUCCACCGCCGACUUUGGGGCGCCUCCCCAGAGCCGCUGCCAGGCCGAACCCCCACCCGGGCCUCCGAUGGCGAAUUCUAGGCCUGCGACAUCCCUGAGGUCGGGAGGGACUCGUGGAUCCCAGUUCCUCUCCGCUGGGAGUCUGUCACCCCCGCCUGAGGUCCUCCGGGGCUUCCAGCCCUCCCCCGUCCGUCCGUCCGUCCGUCCGUCUGUCUGUCUGUGGCAGAGGGCAGGCAGGCAGCUGCCCUUGGAGGAGGUGACGUCAGCCUGCGGACA